AUGGUGUCCCAGGCGCUGCAGCUGCUCCGGCAGGGCGUGUGGGCCGCGCUCACUGGCGGCUGGUACCACGACCCGGAGCAGAGCGAGUUUACCAACAGCUGCCACCUCUACCUGUGGCUCUUCCUGCUUCUGCUGCCCUUGGCCCUGCAUCUGGCUUUUCCUCCAAAUGCUGUCACUGCAUUUUUUUACUGCAGUUCAGUGACUAUAUUCUUCACAAUAAUCAAAUUGGUCAGUUAUCGCCUACACCUCAUGUUUGAUAAAGGAGAAUUAAUUCAGCAGAGACCCUCCGGAAAGAAAGAAAAGCCAAAUAAAGACAAAGAGGCCAACAAGGAACAUAUAACUAAUCACAAAAUUCCAAGCAAUAACAGGCAGAUUAACAAUGGCAAAAAGGAAGAGCCUCAUCGAAGCCUCUCCACGCCUCCCCUCCGCUGCAGCUCCCGAGGGCAAAGCAUAAACUCUCAUCACUCAUCUGGGCCACUGGAGUUGCCGGCACAGGAAACAGUGGAAGAUCUCAAAGGUGUCAUUCUCUCGGAAGACCAAGCGGUAGGACCAGGGUCCUCUACCUCACCCGCUGUUAAAAUGGAAAGCUCAGCUGCUUGUAGGGCCUCCGGCGGGGAAACCAUGACCGCACCAGCAGUACCCACGGAGCCAGCUGUGGCAGAACCUGGAAUCGGCGACAAAGCGAAGGAGAGAGGAGGCCAGGCGCAGCCCCCCUUCUGCCACAGAUCCGAGGGCGGCUUAGUGGAGAAGGAAGCCUUGAAGAAGUCGCCGCAGCUGUCCUUGUCUCAGUACGACCCACUAGAAACGGACGUUUCCUUCCAGCCCUGGGGCAGCGAGAAUUCCGUCCGGAGUCCGGAACCUGUGGUUUGUGCCCAGGGCUCCUUAAGGGAACAGUGGCAAAGCCAGUCCGCCGAGGACAGCCUGAGCGGCAGCGGCCCCCAGUGCAACACGGUGAUCGCCAGAGCCGCGCGCCCCGCGCCCGGUACCCCCGGGCGCGCGGACCCGCCCCCGCCCCAGGAAGUGGACUGCUCCGACAGUGAGGUGGCUGUCACUCUUAUUGACACUUCUCAACCUGGAGACCCGCUGAGUCUGCGAGAGCCCAUUAAAAUCGUCAUCACCAUGAGCAGCAGCCCGAACUCCCUGACGGACUUGGAAAGCUCGCUCCCCCUGAAGGUGAUUGGCACCGAGAGGGCCGGCUUGAAGUCCGACGCCGAGCCGGCCGCCCCGGGGGUGGCCAGUCCUCCCAGCACGCAGCAAAGAAUUCCUGUCAUCACCCUUGAGCUCUCCGAGGACGGGGGAGGAGGCGCUAUGUGUCCCGAAGGCAACAGAAGUGACAGGACCCCGGAGAGAUUGACGGUGGAGGCGUCAUCCAAUCAGUGUUCGGGCUAUGAAUCCGGGGAGGGGGGAAAUGCCCCAAAGGAUGGCAGUCCGUCCCCGGGAGACCGCUGUGACACAAGGCCCCCCUUCACACCUCACGAGGUCCCCGAGUCUGAGGGGGAAAAGGAAGGCCGGGCUAACCUUGACCCCUCAUCCUGUAAAACUAGCCACGAAAAGAGACACACCCGGGUUCUCAGUGUGGACAGUGGGACGGAUGUCUUCCUGAGCAAAACUUCCACAGACAUGAUCAACGAUAAAGAAAAAACAAUGCCAACUUCCAAAUCUGACCUAGAGGCUAAGGAAGGACAGAUACCAAAUGAAUCCAACUUCCUGGAAUUUGUCUCCCUAUUAGAAUCAAUCAAUACUUCCAAGCUGGCGGCAUCCAGCCCAAGGAGUGGCCCGGGAGAGCAGGACAAAGACAGUGGUCUUCUCGGAGAUAACUGCUCCCAUGAGGAAAAAGAGGAAAUCCAAGAAAGUGAAAAGCCUAAUGAACACAGUUCCAAGCAAGGAAAACCAGACUUGCCAAGUCAAGACCACACUAGCACCAGCCCGGUGCUCACUGAGCCUGCCAAGAUCACGACCCUUUUCCAGGGCAAUAGACAAAGACAAAUAAUCUACAGGGUAACUUCCCAGCAAGAUAGUUCUGUCUUGCAAGUCAUCAGUGGGCCUGAAACAUCUGUGCAAGAUGAGAUGUCUGUGGAUGCUAUGCAUGUCUUCAUUGAUGAACAUGGGGAAAUUAGAUCCUGUUACUUAAAGUCUGGAAAUCAGAAAGAAGGCCCUUUACAGCAUCCACCAUCAAAUUAUGACAGUCUCUCUCAUGCUCGAGAGAUGCAGAUCAGUUCCUCCAGCACCACCACAUCCGAGAGUCAGGAUCCUUCUUCUGGAGACCCAGCGGUCAGCGCACUUCAACAACAGCUGCUACUCAUGGUGGCCCGGAGGACCCCGACAGAAGCCCCACGGCAUCUGAGUCAGGAUCUGGAAGACUCGUCAUGUUCUUCAACACAAGGAAAAUUUAACCGAGAGCAGUUUUACAAGUUUAUCAUUUUCCCUGGCAAGUGGAUUAAAGUCUGGUACGAUCGACUUACCUUGUUGGCGUUACUUGAUCGAACGGAAGAUGUCAAGGAAAAUGUGCUGGCAGUUCUACUCAUUGUCCUGGUUUCCCUCCUCGGAUUUCUGACAUUGAACCAAGGCUUUUGCAAGGACAUGUGGGUGCUCCUCUUCUGCCUUGUCAUGGCCAGCUGCCAGUAUUCCCUGUUAAAGAGCGUUCAGCCUGACCCCGCCUCGCCAAUCCACGGACACAACCAAAUCAUAACAUAUAGCAGACCAAUCUAUUUUUGUGUGCUGUGUGGCCUUAUUUUGCUUCUUAAUACAGGGGCCAAAGCCCGGCACCCUCCCACUUACGUUGUCUAUGGCCUGAAGCUCUUCUCUCCAAGGUCCCUCCAGUCAGCUAGGGACCUCUUAAUAGUAUUUUUAUAUUGCUUCCCUGCAAUCUCCCUCCUCGGGCUCUUCCCGCAGAUCAACACUUUCUGCAUUUAUCUUUUGGAACAAAUUGACAUGCUAUUUUUUGGAGGUUCUGCUGUUUGUGGGAUGACAUCGGCUAUUUACAGCGUGGCCCGGAGUGCCGCGGCCACUGGCCUGCUCCACGCAUUCUGCUUCAGUGCCGUGAAGGAACCGUGGAGCACACAGCACAUCCCGGCGCUGUUUUCAGCCUUCUGUGGCCUCUUGGUUGCUCUUUCCUACCAUCUGAGCAGGCAGAGUAGUGACCCCUCUGUGCUCCUGUCCUUUAUUCAUUGUAGAUUGCUUCCUAAAUGUUUACAUCAAAACCUGGAAGAACUGGCCGCAGACCCUCUCCCCAAGAAGAUGAAAGACUCAGUGAAGGAUAUCUUAAAAUCGGAUCUCAUUAUCUGCUCGGGGGCUGCUGUUCUGUCAUUUGCAGUCAGUGCCAGCACCGUGUUCCUGUCCUUGCGACCAUUUCUCAGUGUUGUGCUGUUUGCCCUGGCUGGCUCGGUGGGAUUUGUGACCCAUUAUAUGCUCCCUCAGCUCCGCAAGCACCAUCCAUGGAUGUGGAUUUCACACCCUGUUCUUAAAAACAGAGAGUAUCAGCAACGGGAAGUGAGAGAUGUCGCCCAUCUAAUGUGGUUUGAAAGACUCUAUGUUUGGCUUCAGUAUUUUGAAAAAUAUAUCUUGUAUCCGGCAAUAAUUUUGAAUGCCCUCACUAUUGAUGCAUUUUCAAUCAGCAAUUACCGGAGACUUGGUACCCACUGGGACAUUUUCCUGAUGAUUGUGGCCGGCAUGAAGCUGCUGCGGACCUCUUUCUGUAACCCAGCUCACCAGUUUAUUCACUUGGGCUUCACUGUGAUCUUUUUCCAUUUUGACUACAAAGAUAUUUCAGAGAGUUUUUUACUGGAUUUCUUCAUGGUGUCCAUUUUAUUUAGCAAGCUCGGGGAACUGCUUCACAAGUUACAGUUCGUCAUGACGUACGUGGCUCCUUGGCAGAUGGCUUGGGGUUCUUCAUUUCACGUGUUUGCUCAGCUCUUUGCCGUCCCUCAUUCCGCCAUACUUUUCUUUCAGACGAUUGUCACCUCCAUCUUCUCUACUCCACUGAGCCCGUUCCUCGGGAGUGUCAUUUUCAUCACCUCCUAUGUUAGACCAGUGAAAUUCUGGGAGAAAAACUACAACACACGGCGCAUGGAUAAUUCCAACACGAGACUGGUGGUCCAAAUUGAAAAGGAUCCAGGGAAUGAUGACAACAAUCUUAAUUCCAUCUUUUAUGAGCACCUGACAAGGGCCCUGCAGGAGUCCCUGUGUGGAGACUUAGUUCUUGGUCGGUGGGGUAACUACAGCUCUGGCGAUUGCUUUAUUUUGGCCUCCGACUACCUCAACGCUUUUGUUCACCUGAUUGAAAUUGGAAAUGGUCUUGUCACCUUUCAGCUUCGAGGACUGGAAUUUCGAGGAACCUACUGCCAGCAGAGGGAGGUCGAGGCCAUCAUGGAAGGCGACGAGGAGGACAGAGGCUGUUGUUGCUGCAAACCGGGCCACCUGCCGCACUUCUUGUCCUGCAAUGCCGCAUUUCACCUCCGCUGGCUCACCUGGGAGAUCACACGGACACAGUACAUCCUGGAGGGCUACAGCAUCAUAGACAACAAUGCAGCCACCAUGCUGCAGGUGUUUGACCUCCGAAGGAUCCUCAUCCGGUACUACAUCAAGAGUAUAAUAUACUAUAUGGUAACGUCCCCCAAACUUCUCUCCUGGAUCAAAAACGAAUCCCUUCUGAAGUCUCUGCAGCCCUUUGCCAAGUGGCAUUACAUCGAGCGUGACCUUGCCAUGUUCAACAUUAACGUUGAUGAUGACUACGUCCCGUGUCUCCAGGGGAUAACCCGCGCCAGCUACUGUAACGUUUAUCUAGAAUGGAUUCAGUACUGUGCACAGAAGAGACAAGAGCCCUCCAAGAACCUGGACAGCGAUGAGGACUCUCCUUUAGUGACCCUGUCCUUUGCCCUGUGCAUCCUGGGGAGGAGAGCUCUGGGAACGGCAGCCCACAACAUGGCUCUCAGCUUGGAUUCUUUCCUGUAUGGCCUUCACGCCCUCUUCAAAGGUGACUUCAGAAUCACAGCACGAGACGAGUGGGUAUUUGCCGACAUGGACCUUCUGCAUAAGGUUGUUGCUCCGGCCAUCAGGAUGUCCCUGAAGCUUCACCAGGACCAGUUCACCUGCCCCGACGAAUAUGAAGACCCAGGGGUCCUCUAUGAGGCCAUCCAGUCCUUUGAGAAGAAAGUAGUGAUCUGCCAUGAGGGUGACCCGGCCUGGAGGGGCGCCGUGCUGUCCAACAAGGAGGAGCUGCUCACCCUGCGGCACGUGGUGGACGAGGGCACAGACGAAUACAAGGUCAUCAUGCUCCACAGGAGCUUCCUGAGCUUCAAGGUUAUCAAGGUUAACAAAGAAUGUGUCCGUGGCCUCUGGGCCGGCCAGCAGCAAGAGCUCAUAUUCCUUCGCAACCGCAACCCAGAGCGUGGAAGCAUCCAGAACAACAAGCAGGUCCUCCGAAACUUGAUUAAUUCCUCCUGUGACCAGCCUCUGGGGUACCCUAUGUAUGUCUCCCCGCUAACCACGUCCUACCUAGGGACCCACAGGCAGCUGCAGAGUGUCUGGAGUGGCCCCGUCACUUUGGACGGCAUCAGGACGUGGUUCCGAACCAAGUGGUUAAGGGUGCGCAAGGGCUGUGAUUCUGGCCAGGGAGGCGCCGGCAACAUUGAAGACGUGGACGGGAGGGCUGCCCCCUCUGCAGGCGGCGGCCGCGCUCUGGGCGGCGAGAACCAGGAGAGCAGCACGGAACAGCCCGGAAAAGAUGGGACCCACUACUGGUCGCCCCGCGAAGGGACAAAGAGGACAGGAAGGGAAGAAGGUAGGAGUCAGUCUGUCCAGGCCCCUGGGGCGUUAUGCCAAAGGCCGGCCACGCUGAGCUCGUCAGGCCCGAUCCUAGAAAGCCACCAGGCCUUCCUGCAGACGUCCACGUCAGUCCACGAGUUGGCCCAGAGGCUCUCAGGCAGCCGGCUCUCCCUACAUGCCUCGGCCGCGUCCCUGCACUCACAGCCCCCGCCCGUCACCACCAUGGGCCACCUGAGCGUCCGCGAGCGGGCCGAGGCGCUGAUCAGGUCCAGCCUGGGCUCGUCCACCAGCUCGACCCUGAGCUUCCUCUUUGGCAAGAGGAGCUUCUCCAGUGCCCUGGUCAUUUCUGGACUCUCUGCUGCGGAGGGGGGCAACACCAGCGACACCCAGUCGUCCAGCAGCGUCAACAUCGUCAUGGGCCCCUCGGCCAGGGCCGCCAGCCAGGCCACACGGCACUUCUCUGAGCCGUGUGAAUCCACCGAGGCCACCGAGCAGGGGCAGCAUCACGACCGCCGUCCGGCUGGGCCCGUGGCAGAGAACGGGGCACUGCUGUGCAGGAGAGCCAGCCAGGAGGACAUGGGCCUGGACGACACGGCCUCCCAGCAGAGUGCUUCGGAUGAGCAGUAGGGGCAGGGGCUGGAGGGGGGCCCUGCUCUGCAGCCGUGAGAGCCGCUCUAGCAACCCGAGGGACGCUACCCUAGGUUCUCGAAGGACGUCUCCCA